CUUGGACAGCUGUUUAUCUGUCCGCGCUUUGCUGUUCCAAGAGAAUGCAAAUUUACAAGCUGACGUGUUGAGCUGCGGGUGCAAAUAAAAUAAGAUUAAAUAAUGCAAAUACAGUUUAUUUUACUCAUAUUGGCCAUUGUGCCCGUUGUGCUGUCCAAGAAGUUCAAGGAUGAGGAGAAGCCAGAGUGGGCAAAAAAGGAUAUUCGGGAUUACAGCGAAGCCGAUUUGGAACGGCUGCUCGACCAAUGGGAUGAAGAUGAGGAUCCACUUGAGCCAGAUGAACUGCCGGAACACUUGCGGCCUCAGCCAAAACUGGAUUUCUCAAAUUUAGACAGCAAAAACCCCGAAGAGCUGCUCAAAGUAUCGAAAAAAGGUCGCACGCUCAUGACAUUUGUUUCGGUCACCGGCAAUCCCACUCGAGAGCAGGGCGAGGAGAUAACUAAGUUGUGGCAGACCAGCUUAUGGAAUAAUCAUAUACAAGCGGAGCGUUAUAUGGUUGACGACAAUCGAGCGAUAUUCCUGUUCAAAGAUGGAGCCCAGGCCUGGGAGGCAAAAGACUUUUUGGUGGAGCAGGAGCGUUGCAAAGGCGUUACUAUUGAAAAUAAAGAAUAUCCUGGCGUACAUGUUAAGGACGAACUAUAAUUGUAUUGCUUAUAU